AUGGACAUUCCAUGGAGAAAAUGUAGAUCUUUCUUCAUUUUUAAGACUUGGAUCAAGUUUCUUGGAGCAACAUUUUCAGAUUCUGUUAGAAAUAAUAGACCAGAUGAUGGUGGGAAUCAUAUGGAUCAAGUGACAACUGUGGUCAAUGAUAAUGAGAUGCUCCAAAUGAUGAAUGAUUUAAAUGGUCCAGUGUUUAAAGACAGUUUCGGAGAAUCCAGUGAGCAGCACGAGACUAAUAAUAUAUUUUCUGAAAUGUUUCGCGAUGUUAACGAAGAGUUGUAUCCAGGAUGUUCGAAGUAUACAUCGUUUAAUUUCUUAGUGAAGCUUAUGCAUACUAAAGUUCUUAAUCAUUGGAGUGAUAAAUCAUUUGAUAUGUUACUCCAAUUAUUGAACGAUACAUUUCCAGAUGGUGUAAAGCUUCCUAAAUCAAAUUAUGAGGCUCAGAAAAAAUUACGUGAUCUAGGGAUGGGAUACGAAUCAAUUCACGUGUGUAAGUAUGAUUGUGUUUUAUUUUGGAAAGAAUAUGCAUCUCUUAACAAUUGUCCUCAAUGUGGAGAGUCGAGGUACAAACUGAAUAAAUCAAAAGGAAAAAAAAUUCCCCACAAGGUCCUAAGAUAUUUUCCAUUGAAGGGAAGGUUGCAGAGAUUAUAUGUUUCAAAACAUACUGCUGAGGAUAUGAGGUGGCAUAAAGAUAAAGUGUGUGAAAUUGAAGGAAUACUUCGACAUCCUGCUGAUGCUGAGGGUUGGAAACACUUUGAUAGAAAGUACCCUCUUUUUGCUACAGAUGUUCGUAAUGUGAGAUUGACGCUUUCUUCAAAUGGUUUUAACCCUUUCGAAAAUAUGAGUUUAUCGUACAAUAUGUGGCCAGUUAUGCUCAUUCCAUAUAAUUUGCCUUCUUGGAAGUGCAUGAAAGAAUCAUCUAUGUUUCUAUCUACUUAUCUCUGGGCUAAGGUUCAUGCGGCUCUAUUGUGGACGAUUAAUGAUUUUCCAGCUUACGGUGAUUUGUCUGUAUCUGAUAACAAACGUAAGCGAUUAGCUAACAAGCACAAUUGGAGUAAAAGAAGUAUCUUCUUUGAUCUUCCAUAUUGGAAAAAUCUUAUGUUACGUCAUAAACUUGAUGUGAUGCAUAUUGAGAAAAACAUUUUUGAUAAUUUGGUUGGUACUAUACUGAAUAUUGAUGGGAAGACUAAAGAUACGAUUAAAGCUCGUGAGGAUUUAGCAAACUUGAAAAUUAGAAAAGAACUUCAUAUACAAGAAAUUGGAGGCAGGCGUGUGAAGCCUCAUGCAUCAUUCACAUUAACUGCGAGUGGAAAAGUUAGCUUCUGUACAUUUUUAAAAUCUGUGAAGUUUCUAGAUGGUUUUGCUUUGAAUAUAUCUCGGUGUGUGAACGCGAACGAGGACAAAAUCACCGGUCUGAAAAGUCAUGAUUGUCACGUUUUAUUACAAAGACUUAUUCUAAUUGGUAUUCGGCCAUCUAUACCCAAAGAUAUUGCUACAACUAUAUCAGAAUUGUCAAACUUCUUUCAUGAUUUAUGUGCAAAAACUCUGUGCAUAUCAGAAUUAGAAAGAAUGCAGACUGACAUAGUGUUCGUCCUAUGUAAAUUCGAAAAGAUCUUUCCACCAGCAUUUUUUGACGUUAUGGUUCACUUAACUGUUCAUUUGUCGUGGGAAGCAACGAUCAUUGGUCCAGCGGGUUAUAGUUGGAUGUAA